AUGUGCCAAUACUGUUACAACAUUUCAGGUGUUCAGAUUCCAAUCAACGUCAGAGAUGCAAAGUUUCUGAGCAAUGGAGGGAUUCAUGCCUAUCAUGGAUCUCACAAACUGCUUAAAGUGACCUGGGCUAGUUUGGAGUUCAAAAGGUUUAAUAAAAUGAGGAAGUACGAGACUAAAGAUAGCUAUUCCAAGCUUCGAGUCCAAGGACUCUACACAAAAGUGUUAUUACACACUAUGAAGUCUGAAGCGGGGAUCCUCGAUGUUAAUCUUGCUGAAAGAGAACUAGCGAGGACUAAGAAACUCAUGCAGAUUCUACUCCAUCAUCCAGACAAGAAGCUUCGAUUGAAAAGGACCAAGAAAUUGAGAGAGAGCCUUUCAGAGCAUCUAACUGGUGACUUUCCAAGCCUUGCGCAUACUAAAAAUGACGUGGUUGAUCAUGACCUAGUCACCCCAGGUAAUAGCCACCUCCCCGACUCUAAGCUGGACUCCCAACUGCAAGGACACGGAGUCUUCGACGAUGAAAAAGAUGAUGUCAAUACUUCUUGGCUUGCACAGGUUACUGAUUUUAAGAAUUCUUUUGUAAAUGACAUCUUGCUGCCACUCAGACAUUGGCGCCGCAUCGAUAUCAUCCCGUCGUGGACUAAAAGAGCAACACCAGAGGUGGCCUUUCUAGAACAAACGGUAACUUUGCCUCUAGCUUUCAUGGUGAAUAAACCUUCAGCCAAUACCAUUUUCUAA